AUGGACACGGGCGCAGAUCAUCCACGCCACCGCCGGCUCAGGAAGGUCUCCGAUCUCCGCACCACCGCCGCCGCAUACCCACCCCCGAAACGGAUCCGUUCGGGCGAGGAGCACAACAGUUGCCGCGAGGACAAGAUCAGCAGCUUACCUAACGAGAUAUUAAUCUUGAUCAUUGACAAGCUAGAUGCACGGACAGCGACAGCCACCACUAUCCUUUCGAAGCAAUGGCGGGAUCUCUAUACACACUCGCACAUAGGUUAUGACCUUACGGUUGAUGACAUUCUCCCUCCACGGUACCACAGACUGAAGCAAAUUGUGGUGGAGGCUAAGGCAAGGUAUGAGGCAGAGAAGAAUGCACUGAAGUCGGACGGCAGUUAUGCUUCUAGAGACUGGUUAUAUUCCUUCAAAGACUGGAGGUGGAAAGUCUGUCAGCUAACACCCAUCCUGCAACGUUAUGAGCGUUGGGCCAUGCGACGCUAUGUUAAACGGGUGAAUGCAUUCCUUCUGGCCCCCGACAACGUUCAGCAACGUUCUAUCCAGAAGCUGAGGCUUCAAGCCUGUGGGAGGAGCGAUUUCACAGAUCAAUGGAUCACGGAAGCGAUUGGCAGAUGGGGCGUUGAAGAAUUGGAGCUUGUCAUUGACAACUCUUCCUGGCGCUAUGACUUCCGGCUGUUGGAUGGAUGCAAGAAUGUGCGACUGAAACGGCUUGUGCUAUCCAAUUGUUAUCAUCGUUUUGCACCCGCCCCCUUGACGUUUCAGAGCCUCACAUCACUUACUCUGUGCAAAGAAAGUUUACGCAUGCUACAUGUUCUUGAUAUUCUGGGAAACUGCGGGCAGCUGGUGGAUUUGAGGCUGAAAGAUUCUGGCUGUCGCCAACCUGCUUUUAAUAUCGUUAUUCCCAACUCACAGUUAAAGAGUCUGCAAUUGGACAACUACAACACUGUGAGUGUCCAUCUGGCUUUGGUGCCUUGUCUUGAAACAUUUGCUUGUCGUGGUCAGCCAACUAUAAUACGCUAUGGCGAUGUGCCUCGACUUAGGCAUGUGAGUCUGAACUUCUUGCAAACUGGAGAUAAUGGCAAGGAUGAUUCCUCUGGUAGCAACAGGACAUAUCAACUAAGCAAAUUCUUUACAGGGGCACCGCCAUCUCUAGAGUACCUUGUUCUGCAGUUAAGAGGGCGUCAGAUGUGGAUCGAACCAACCGCCAUUCCUGUCCGGCUCAAUCAUCUCAAUAAACUAUUCAUUGCAAACGUGCCAAUGAACUGGGAUACAAUCUGGAUUCUCUGCCUAGUUGGUGCCGCACCUGCCUUGGAGUCGCUCCAUGUUCAUUUUGACAACAACUCAGAGAAGGCGAGUGCCGCAGGAUCACUAGAUGUGCAGGUGGAACACCAUCCGUACCACCAUCACCUGAAAGAACUCGUGGUCAUUGGCUUCAACGGGGCGGUGUGGCAGACUGGCUUUGUGAAGCAGAUCAUCCAGGCAUCGCCGAUGCUGGAGCGCGCCCACCUGCUGGACGGGCACGUCGUGGAGGACGAAGAUCGGGAGCUCGUUGGCCUGGAGAUAGUCCGGCGCCGCCGGGAGUGGCACGAGUGUGAGAGAUCGGAGGUGCUCAGAGUCCUGGCAGACGGGAUCAGUUCGCCGCAUCUUGAAAUAGUUUUGGAAUGA